AUGGCGAGCUCAAGGUCUCUGUCGACGGUUUCCGUGUCGACCCUCGACCCAGAUCACUUUGCAACUUUUAAGCAAGGGCUUCUGAGAGUUCUCUACACAGACCUGGCGGAGUUCACAAUGGCUCAGCUCAUCGAUGGGUUGCCAACGAUUGACGUCUACCGAGAGAAUAGGUCUGCCAGGAACUUAGUCGGAAGCCACCCUCUCAAAGCUCAUGAACAAUUGUGCGAGGGCGCCUUAGAAAGAACUAGAGAGUUUCGUGACACAUUUGACCCUGCUAUUCUGGAGAUUAAAUCCUCAUUGGUUCAAGCGUUUCAAGACGCUGCGCCUGGAACUCGGCAGUUUGAUCUGCGUCUAAUAGAGAUGAUGGCAAAUGCAGUACAUUCAAUUGCAGUAUUCUUAUUCAAUUUGGAAGAAAAGUCGCAUAAAGGCGACAUUGAUAGUGUGGUCUCGUGGCGCGAAGCUGACAUCAGGAUUGAGUACAUGCCAGGAGAAUGGACAACACUUUUAACACUACCUCCAUACCCUUCCAUCUUUACCCUUACAGCGUAUCGUUUCCACGAGGAAUAUCCGCAUGGUCUAGCUGAUGUUGCGGCAUACUGGGCAGAGGACCGAGUCUUUGGUGGCGUGUUUCUCUUUGACAGAGGAGAGUCGGGUACCGAGUGUAAAGAUGUCUAUCUCCACUCUGGAAGACGCGACUGGACUGUUCGUAUCUGGAGAUUGCUCGAGUCGCAGCUUGACGAGACGCUCGAGUUUCUUAAAGGUAGCUCGUCAGACACAGAAUCGCCGUUUCCUCUGUAUGCGGAUGAGAAAAACAGACAUCGCUAUGACGAGUAUGAUGCAAUGGCAUGGCAUAAUGUUUACCGUGAUCCAUGGGAGAGGAUUCUUCCGCCGGAGAAGGACUGGGAUAGUAUCAGGCGCAACACGUUUGACUACCCGGAACUGCAGGAGGAGCUUUUUGACCUACUUCCGGAUGGGCCAUUCGAUACAAUAGGACGAGAUAACUCGUUUUUGGAAGUCAAUGAGCCGGAUGUGCCGGAUGAAGACACGGCAGUGGAAGAUACUUCUGAUGUGGCAGAUCAGGCGAAAGAGUCAGGUGAUGGCAGAUUUAGUGAUGUUGAUCACAUUGAAGCAAAGGAACUUGAUAUGAAGAACGCAGAUAUCGAAGAAGUUGAGCCGGAGACGUCUGUAAUUGCAGACAACGACGAUGAGACGCAAGCAGAUGAGGCUCAAGACGGUAAGGAUGGCAAGCUGGCAGAAUCCAGCAUCGAUGAAUCUGAGGGUACAGCACUGGUUAUCUCCGAUUCUCAACAUAAAUUUGACGAAAACGAAGUGUCUGCCAUUCCUAAACCAGAACUGCAAGCCGAUGUAGUCUCAGUACCAAGCACAAAUGAAUCUAUAGGAAAGGAAAUGGGCGCUGAGGGUGUUGAAACAAGUGAGUCUGCGAUAGAACCAUCACCAGCAAAGCAGGAGACCAGAGACGAUGCAGCCAACGUGGCUCAAGGCACGGAACAUCCUGUAAAAUAG